CGCAGGGAUUAGGUGUCCGUCCAAAUGUCUCUGCUUUCCCUAAAGAUUGGAGGGAAGAGAAGGUAGGUGCAUUAUGGGAUGCCUUCUAACAACUUAUUCUGCCCCUCACAGCCUUUCAGUGCUACUGACCCCAAGGCCAUUGGCCAUCGAAACUACCACGCAGGCUACUCCAUGUUUGGGGCUGGCCUCACAGUCGGUCUGUCCAACCUGUUCUGUGGAGUCUGCGUGGGCAUUGUGGGCAGUGGGGCUGCCCUGGCUGACGCACAGAACCCCAGCCUCUUUGUAAAAAUUCUCAUCGUGGAGAUCUUUGGCAGUGCCAUUGGCCUCUUUGGGGUCAUCGUCGCAAUCCUUCAGACCUCCAGAGUGAAGAUGGGUGACUAGAUGACCUGUAUGGGUGGGGCCGUGCCCCACUGUUAUUUAUUGCUGGUUUUCCUGGGAUGGCUGGAGCUGUGUCCCUUAGCCUUUCUGGGGCUUGGUGUUCAGGGCCCUCCUGCACUCACCUCUUGCUGCCUGUUGACUUUGGAGGCAUUGCAGUCCAGACUGAAUCCCAGUGUGGGAAGUGGGCUACUGAUGGUGACUGUGUACAGCUGUGCGCCCAUGCCCCCCAACCCCCAUCCAGCCCAUCUUCUUAGUGUUUGUGAAAUAAACUUGGUAUUUGUCCCAGUC